AUGGCCGUGAUCCUGGCGAUUCUCCUCGCCUGUGCCGUGCGCACAGCCGCAUGGCGUUCCGAGGACACCUUGCCGGCCACGUCGUCGUUUGUAGAGUAUGCUGGCAAGUUCUGCUUUGACUACACGCCCCGCGGCGCCGGCAACGAGACCGCAGGCACAGAUGAUGCAGGCCUUCUGGAGCUUCAUGUCUGGGGCGAGGUAGAGCGUGCAGAGGAUGCCGACCACGAGCUGUACUUCAUGGUCUUCGACGACGAGUCCGAGCACUGGGGGCGCGUGCGAGGCCACCUGGAGGGUGCGAGCUGCGAGGAGCACCUCGCCGCCGCCACCCGCGCUGUGCCGCUCUCGCCUGGGCUCGCGGCCCCGCCCUUCGAGCUCACCUCGGAGCUGCUGAUCAAGGAGCACAUACGGCCGAGGUUCUGGCACUUCGAAUUCGUGAACUGCGGCCGGGGCGUGGCGCGGCCCCUGUCCUACUCGCUGCACGCGCGGAACACACACCAGGGUCUCCAGGCCGAGUUCGGCAUGAACGAGCACGGGUCGCUGUCGGCGAGCGCUUGCUUCGGGCUGCUCUUCUGCGCGCUCCUCGGGGCCGCCUGGGCCAGCAGGAGGGGCGAGAGCCGCUCGCGGCCUCUCCUCCGCCUCCUGGAGGGCUCGGCCGUCUGCUCGGCCGCGGGCUGCCUCUGCAUCGCCCUCAGCCAUGCGGCGUUCGCCCAGGACGGCAGGGAGCUCGUCCUGCUCAGGGUCCUCGGCGUGCUCUGCGCCUGCGCCGCGAAGGCCAUCCUCGUCCUGCUCCAGUUCUUGGUGGCGAAGGGCCUGGCGCUGGUCUACGGAGAGGAGGAGCAGCGCCUCCGCGCGGGGAUCACGGCCGCGCUCGCCGCCAUCUUCCUGCUGUCGGUCGGCUGCGAGAUCUACGGGGAGUUCUUCCGCGACCAGAGCGCCAGCCUCUACCUCUACGAGUCCUGGCCCGGCACCCUCAUCCUCGGCCUCAACCUCUGCCUCCUGGGUGCCGCCUGGGUGUCGACGUGGGACUCGUACUCCAAGGAGUCCGCGAGAGAGGUCCGCGCCUUCUACCGCCUCGCCUCGGUGGCCAACGGGGUCUACUUCGCCUCGCUGCCCGCCGUGUGUCUGCUGGCGAGCCUCCUGUCUCCGUGGGUGCGCUCGAAGUACGUCGAGAGGGUGGAGCUCACGGCGCGCCUGGCAGCUUCGGCCCUCUUCUUGCUCUGCCUCUGGCCCUCCCGCCUCGACGCGCUGGUCGGGGCCCGCCCCUCCAAGGGCCCGGCGCCGCUCGACUUCGAGGAGAGCGCCGACGAGGAGGAGGGCAGAGCGCUGGACGACUCCGAGCGGGAGCACCUGGACGAGCGGGGCGCGCCCCUCCUGUCAGAGCGGAGGCGUGGGCCGCGAACCGCCCCCCGGCGAGGCGGGUCGCCGAGGGCGGCUCGGCGGCCCCCCGGUCCGUGGCCUCCUGGGCUCCGAGCGCGCCCGUGGUGCAUGUCCCUGUCGACCGAAGUGCGAGGUUUGCUGUCUGCCGCUCGGGCGUGGGCCAGGCGAGCGACGCAAAACAUCGGGGUCGUUUUCGCCGAUAUUGGCGCGUGA